GCAGAGGCAAGCGGAGGAAGUGUCAUACCGCGUCAUCAUUCGGCGUCAAGAGGAAAAGAACGUCGCACUCUGGUACCUUUCUACAUACAAUAUUUACACAGAAAUUAAGGUCUCUUGUCCUUUGACUGACUGGCUGUUUGAGUGAAGGUCAUGUCAUCUCCAGGUGGACAGGGUGGAGGGGCGUUGUCCACACGAGGUGGAGCAGGAGCCCGGAGGAUGAAAUGGGCUCUAGAGCUCAGCCUUGGCAACACACGUCGUGACAGGCAGGGAGGCCAGGGGGAUGCCAUGUACCCCAUUGGGUACUCUGACAAGCCUGUGCCUGACACCAGUGUCCAGGAGACAGACCGCAACUUAGUGGAGAAGAGGUGCUGGGACGUGGCCCUGGGCCCUCUGAAGCAGAUCCCCAUGAACCUGUUCAUCAUGUACAUGUCUGGGAACACCAUCUCCAUCUUCCCCAUCAUGAUGGUGUGCAUGAUGGCCUGGAGGCCUAUCCAGGCUCUGAUGGCCAUUUCUACCACCUUUAAGCUGCUGGAGAGCUCUAGUCAGCAGUGGCUGCAGGGUUUGACGUAUCUCGUUGGAAACCUCCUGGGCGCUGCAUUGGCCAUCUAUAAGUGUCAAUCUAUGGGGCUCUUGCCGACACACUCGUCUGAUUGGCUGGCUUUCAUAGAACCGCCCCAGCGGAUGGAGAUUAUGGGUGGAGGAAUGGUGUUGUGAAGACAGAUGGAGAUUGUGCACACAUCCUCGUGCUAAACAUCCUUUACACACACAAACACACACACACACACUCUUUCCAACAGCAGAUCCUGAGCCUAUUGUAACGAUUCUACUAAUUAUCUUGUUUUCUGCAUCUUAGCUGCAUUAAUUUAUAUUUUUCAUCUAUGUCUGCUUUCUACCCUGUUUUUUUGUCUGUGAAUAAUUCUCUGACUUCACAUGUAAUAAAGGCAACUACUUGAGCUGUUUUCAGAAA